AUGGGAAAAGCCAAAAAAGAAAAAAAUAGAAUUGCAAGAGAACAAAGUAAGAAAGGAGGAAAUGGACAAGUCAAGAGAGGAAGUGGUGGUACUAGUGGCGGUGCUGGCAACUUAAAGGUUAAAGGUGAAAAUUUUUAUCGGGAUGCUAAAAAAGUAAAAUUUAUGAAUAUGAUUAAAUCGGGUAAGGCAAUACGAAAUGCAAAAGGGAAAAUCGUAAAAGAAGCUCCAUUUCAAAGUAAAAAGGCUGUAACCGGAAGAGUUCAACCAAAUAGAAGAUGGUUUGGUAAUACUAGAGUCAUUGGACAAAAAGAAUUGGAAGCUUUUCGUGAAAGUUUAGGAUCAAAAGUUGAUGACCCAUAUCAAAUUCUUCUUCGACAAAAUAAAUUACCAAUGAGUUUAUUAACAGACCCAACAAAGGUAUCAAGAAUGCAUAUGUUGGAGACUGAAAAAUUUUCAGAUGCUUUUGGUCCAAAGGCACAACGAAAGCGUCCAAAAAUAAAUGUAAAUUCUUUAAAAGAUUUAGCAUCAAACACAAAUGGAUCAAUAGAACAAUACACUGAAAAAAAUGACUCAUCACUUCUUUCUAAUGUCAUAACUGAUUGGACAGAAGAAGCUCGUGACAGUGUAUUCUCAAAAGGAAAAUCAAAGCGUAUAUGGAAUGAGUUGUAUAAAGUUAUCGAUUCUUCUGAUGUUGUAAUUCAUGUAUUGGAUUCUCGUGAUCCAAUUGGAACCAGAUGUAAAAACGUAGAACAAUAUUUGAAAAAAGAAUCAAAUCAUAAACAUUUGAUAUUUUUAUUGAACAAAUGUGACCUUGUUCCUACAUGGUUAAUGGUAUUAGUAUUUAUUAGAGUUGUUAAUGAUUUUGUUGGUGUUGAAGAUAAUUUUGGAAAUGCUGUUGUUAAACUUUGA